GUCUGAGGCCUGCUGCUGAAAGCAAGGCGCCGCGCACAAACACAGCCAGCCAGAAGACUGGAGAAAAAAAGGAAACCGCUCCUCGCUGGACUUGCAUUGCAAUCUUUUUAAAGACAGACUUUGGGCCAGCUGAUCGGCCGUCUGACUAACCCCCGAAAGUGGAAGUGGACACCGUGUCGUAAAUGGUCUUCAGCUGGGGGCUCACUUUGUAUCUGCCAUCACUGUAUGUAUGUAAACAUUUUUUUCCUCAUUCCAGCGCCAUAUGGGAAAUGCAUGCAGCCUUAUUUCCAGGGGAAACAUGGACUUUGGUCGUGCUGAGAUGGUGAUGUAUUGGGCAGAGUUUUUACUGAACUAGAUGAGCACAGCUGCUGUUGCUUUUUGCGGUUCGUUUUCACGACUGGCUGUGGACAGGGAUUUUUAGUUCCAUUUCUGCCAUCUUUUUUAAUAAACAAGGAUAUUCUUCAAACCAACUUGACACAUUUCACAAGUAAUUUAUGACACACCAAGAAGACCCUGGAUGCUGGUUGCCUUAUUAGAGAAAAUGUGAGUCUCUCGUGAGCAAAGCUUAAUUGCAGUCCGGCCUGACACUGCAGCGCAAUGAAUUUAUUACCAAUUCUUAUCUGCCUUCUUCUUUUCUCCCGAGACAGUCUUUGUGAGCUCACUCUGUCGGUAUUACUUCAGCGGUACUGUGAAGCACUGUCAGCCCUCUACAAUGUCACAGGUCUGUACUGUAAUGCCACAACCGAUGAGAUAGGAACUUGCUGGCCAAGGAGCAACUCGGGUCGAAUUGUGGAGCGACCAUGUCCGGAGUACAUAAAUGGAGUGAAAUACAACACCACAAGAAGUGCAUACAGAGAAUGCAUGGAGAAUGGAACCUGGGCUUUCAGGAGCAAUUAUUCCAACUGCGAGCCAAUUUUGGAAGAGAAAAGGAAGUAUCCCAUGCACUACAAAAUCGCAUUAAUAAUCAACUACCUUGGCCACUGCAUAUCUGUGGGAGCAUUAGUAGUGGCCUUCAUUCUCUUCCUCUGCUUAAGGAGUAUCAGAUGCCUUCGCAACAUAAUCCACUGGAACCUCAUCACCACCUUCAUCCUGAGGAAUGUCAUGUGGUUUUUGCUACAGCUGAUCGAUCACAAUAUUCAUGAAAGCAAUGAGCCAUGGUGCCGCCUUAUAACGACCAUCUACAACUACUUUGUGGUGACCAACUUCUUCUGGAUGUUUGUCGAAGGCUGUUACCUGCACACUGCAAUAGUGAUGACAUACUCCACAGACAAGCUCCGGAAAUGGGUCUUUCUGUUCAUUGGCUGGUGUAUCCCCUGUCCAAUUAUUGUGGCGUGGGCCAUCGGCAAGCUGUACAAUGAAAACGAACAAUGCUGGUUUGGGAAGGAACCUGGAAAAUACAUAGACUAUAUAUAUCAAGGACCAGUCAUCCUUGUGCUUUUGAUUAAUUUCGUUUUCCUGUUCAACAUUGUAAGAAUUCUGAUGACCAAACUCAGAGCAUCCACCACGUCGGAAACAAUACAAUACAGGAAAGCUGUGAAAGCAACGUUAGUUCUUCUGCCCUUGCUUGGAAUUACCUAUAUGUUGUUCUUCGUGAAUCCCGGGGAGGAUGACAUCUCUCAAAUUGUCUUUAUUUAUUUCAACUCCUUUUUACAGUCCUUUCAGGGUUUCUUCGUGUCAGUAUUUUACUGCUUCCUUAAUGGAGAGGUGCGGUCAGCUGCCAGGAAGCGGUGGCACCGCUGGCAGGACAACCAUGCGCUGCGCGUGCGGGUGGCACGUGCUAUGUCCAUCCCCACGUCCCCCACCCGCAUCAGCUUCCACAGUAUUAAGCAGACCACGGCGGUGUGACCCUGGCCAGCCUGUCUGGCUGCCUCCCCUCACACAGAUUGGCUGAAAGCGAUUACAUCGUCCGUGAGCGGUGAGCGGGCGGCUGGCUGGGCGAGGGGAAAGGGAGGGAGCGAGCAAGGGAGGCGUCGGCUGAAUGUGUCUGUGUGUCCAUGCCAGCAGUCCAUACCACAAAUUGGUUGGAAACAUGCCUCUGUGCUGUGUGUCUGCCUUUGAGAGACUUGAGAAUGAGGAUGAACUGUAUGAACAAUAUGAACUUCUGCACUGGCCCUUUUUUUAAACAUCCAGUGGUUCUCUAUCGCUGUCUUUUGUCUGCUGUUGCUGUUCUACCCACUGUAGCUUCUGCUGUGGCAUAUACUCCUCAUUUUAAAGAGAGAAAAAAGCUAUACCUACAAGCCCAUGCACAUUUAUUGAUUUUGGUCAUUGACAAAGCUUUCAUCUCAGAUAUGUUUCAUUUUUUUCUCCAGCCCAAAACGAUUCAAAAAGGGAGGUUUAGAGCUUUUAGAGAUAGUUUUAUAGCUUAUUUGCCUUAUGAUUUACCUUUUAAACUAUCCUAUUGCGAUAUUAAUGUCAUGUCCCAUUUUUCCCAUCACACAAUAUCAACACUGCAAGUUACUUAAAUUGUCCUUAUAUGAUAGCCAAUUAUUUCAGCCUACUGAGUGAGGAUUGAAGCUUAGAGCAGACGUUGUAUCCGUCUGGACUUCUCGCAGGCUUUAGCAUCAGCAGCUAAAUUGCCAACACUGUCUGCUUGCGUUAGACAAACAGGAGAUCCUUUAAAGAGACAGAAAUGCCUUCCUGCCAAUUAUGUGGUGCGUGGUGGACAGGCAGUGGAUGAAGGCAAUUCGGAGGCUGGUGCUCACGUGGGUCAGGCCAAGUUUCAGAGUUGAACAUAGCAAGAAACUGCCAAUGUCACCUGCAGCUACUUUAAGACUCAUAAACGUUUAAUAGAUGUCAUUUUCUAUCACUAUUUUGUCUUCUUUGUCAAAAGCGUAGGGCUGUGUGACGUACGCAAGUCCCAUGGAGGAGAGUUCAUCCAAAGUGUUACCUGAUGGUCUGUGCCGCCUCGCCUGUCUUAUCUGAUGUUCCCUUUUGUUGUCAGAACCCCAGGGCGACACAGACGUGGAUAACUCGAUUCCCCCUGCGUGAAUCAGGCGCCCUUUGAUCUGUAUUAUUUCCAUUAUUCUGGACAAAUGUUUCUUGAGAUUCUGACAUGACAAACCCUGGCUAAAUCAUUUUGCCUCCGAUAGAAGAUUUUUUUUCAGAUUUUAAAACUGUUUUUGCUGUGUUUUUUUUUUUAAAUAUAUUGAACGCGAGUCAUCUGUUUCCCUGUUCCGAUUUAGGAGAAGGACACAGUAGAUUAAACCCUCAUCAUUUUUUUUCUCGAAUCCAUCAGUUCUGAGUUAAAUCAGCAUCAUAGUUCAUCUCUGAGGUUGUGGACAAAUGGUCUUAUGCAAGUGAACUCUGGUAUUAAGGUGCGUCCAUGCCAGAUCAGUCUUGUGCACUAUUAGGACAUUAUUAAUAGCAUAGCAGUCUUGUGUUGGUCUCAAAAGAUUUCAGUGGGUGAGUCAUGUGCAUUUUCCAACCAAGACUGAAAGAAAAAUAAAUAUGACAUGAAGCAUAUUUUAAAUAAGUGGACAAAAUGGAUAAACGAGUGAGUGUAUAUGACGUGAAAGAUAAACAAGAUGAGAUGAAGCCAUCCCCUGAGGCUUGUUGUCAUCUAAUGCUCCUCUGAAGUCCA